UGUCACACAGGUGAGAAGCCCUUCUCCUGUCAGACAUGUGGAAAAAAGUUUAACUAUAAACGCAGUUUAGUCUGUCACAUGAGAAGUCACACAGGUGAGAAGCCUUUCUUAUGUCAGACCUGUGGGAGAAGUUUUAGUAAUGACUAUAAUUUAUUCACUCAUAUAAGAACUCACACAGGUGAGAAGCCCUUCUCCUGUCAGACAUGUGGAAAAAAUUUUAACUAUAAACGGAGUUUAGUCACUCACAUGAGAACUCACACAGGUGAGAAGCCUUUCUUGUGUCAAACCUGUGGGAGAAGUUUUAGUCAGAACUAUACUUUAAUCACUCAUGUAAGAACUCACACAGGUGAGAAGCCCUUCUCCUGUCAGACAUGUGGAAAAAACUUUAACCAUAAAUGCAGUUUAGUCACUCAUAUGAGAACUCACACAGGUGAGAAGCCUUUCUCCUGUCAGACCUGUGGGAAAAGUUUUCAACGUAAAAACAGUUUAAAAUACCACAUGAGAACUCACACCGGUGAGAAGCCCUUCUCAUGUCAGACCUGUGGGCAUUGUUUUCAUCAUAAAAACAGUUUAAAAUACCACAUGAAAUGUCACACAGGUGAGAAGCUGUGAUCUUAAGAUUCUUUGUAGUUUGAGUCUGUAGUUCAUCAUCAUUAAAACAUUCAAACUGUUGCUGUCUGCUGAUUAAAGUAACAUUUAAAUCAAUAAAAAUCAGUUUACUCAGACUUUUUUUACUGUAAUGUUUUUAAGAAUGUGGCCUUGUGGGUAAUGUAGUUGCAGCUUGUUUAAUAAAUGCACCAGAUGUUUUUGUUAUCUGGAUGUUUUUAUGUUUAAUGAUUUAAAAAAUAAAUAAAAACAGUUCGAUGUAAAGUUA